CGAAUUUUGUCUCAAGUCUCCUCAGGGUGGCCAUGUUGUUGUACCGACUAGUUACCAGUGUAGGUUUCAAAAACGAGACUCAGGGUUAGUCUGAAGGGAGAACGUCCAAUUUGAACUGCAUUAUGACAUUUGGGAGACAGUUCGCGCUGCGUCACCUUUCGAAAUCUCAAUAUAGGAAUCGUCAAUCGGUCACUGCCCUUUGAACAUGCUGUGCUCACAUCUGUCAUCACUUCUUGACAAUUCGUAUUUCGUGAGCUGUGGACUGUGAUCUUAUGGUAGCCGCCGCGAGUUGUCGCUUGCAAAUUUUUUCAGUUUUGCGUUUAGGCUAAAAUGUUAACUUAUUCAGUGACUAUCGAAAGGUGAUAAUGUUAUAAAUCAUAAGCUAUAAGUAUCACAUUACAUUAAAUAGGAAUAGUGAAUACCAAAUAGUGAAUAAACAUUUAAUGUAACCAUGUUCACUGGUAAAGAUGCCGCUAACUCGGCAUAUCCCACGCAGUGGGCCCUCAAUCCUACUGCAUAUCAAAACAUAGAUGCGAGCCAAGUAGAUUGGGCGGCACUCGCUCAACAAUGGAUUGCAAUGAAAGAUGCUGUAGCAAUCGUUGGAGCCCCUCCAGCGAAAAUAGAACCCGAAGGUGGUGAAGCACCAAUGGAAGUUGAAAACCCAAGUGAAGCUACGGGUCCACCCGGCGCCGAGUGGAAUGCCAGCACCAAUUCUUGGACGGGAAACUCGUGGAACCAAUGGGGUUGGAAUUGGCCUGGAUCUGGUCCAAUAGAUCCAAAGGUAGCAGUAGAUCCUGCAAUGGCUAUGGGGCCAAUCAUGGAAGGAUAUACUGUUCCUGAAAGUGCUGCUCCAAUGCCUGGAUACACAACUGCUACAGUGCCAACACCAACAUUUCAACAUGGCUACUGGACAGCACCUUCAUCAGAACAAGGUGAUAGAAUUAGAGGUAGAAGCAGCGAACGUCGAUCAAAAAGCAAGGGUCAAGAAACUAGGCCUCCAAGAAGCAGGUCGCAAAGGGAGAAACCAAUCCUUCCACCAAUAAUAGAGCCUGUUGCUCCUCCUGUACCACCUCCCACAACAUUGGAUGCUGCUAAGAGGAGACAGCUGCCGGGUUGGAUUAGAGAAGGUUUAGAAAAGAUGGAACGUGAAAAACAGAGGGCGAUAGAACGCGAACAAGAAGAAAAGGCCCGAGAGGAAGCGGAGGCUGAGAAGAAAAAGUUGGAGCUUGAGGCUCUUCAGAGAAUGAAGGCAGAAGGAGCUCCUCUGAUUCCUGCUAAGAGCAAGUUUGAUUCAGAUUCGGAAGCCGAGGAAUCCGAAAAAGAAGAACUAGUUAAGCCAAAAGAAGAGAUAUUAGAAAUUAAGGAAGAGAUUGAACCGGAGAUGAAGAGGAGUAAAGAGGAGAUUAUGCAGGAAGUCAUGUUGACGGUGCGCCGUUCGCUAACUGAAAUCCUGCUGGAGGUGACCGACCAGGAGAUCCAAACGGUGAGCCAGGAAGAGUUGGCCCGGUAUACCUCCGUUCAAGGUAUUUCCACUCUUAUUGGCUUUUACCCGAGGGAGAGAUUGCUCUACCCCACGCGUGUGAACGACUCCAAUUACAUUAGUGCCAUUCUUAAACUAAAGUGUUCAGCGACAAUCGUGUAUUGUGAUAAUAUUUCAACGCUAAUAAAGUCUUAUUUCAGAUGUUCCCCGUUCAAUGAAUACAUGUAUUGUGUGAUUAAUAUUGGUUUUAUUUAUAUGGUAAAAGCGUCGCGCCUCAACACUAUGAAAGCGUCUCAAUCUAAGGCAUUCACCGCUAUUUCGUCUGGGCUCGGGCUUGGCGCGUACGAGAGCAGCAGCGACAGCAGCGGUGAUGAAGGGGAUGUCAAAGACGUCACUGAUCAUCAAUUGCAGGAGAUAAUAAGACGCAGGCGUUUGGAGUUCGAGCGGACGUCGCGCGAGAUCGAGGCGGAAGUGAGGCGCGCAGAGUUACGGGAAACGGGAGAGGCCACGCCCAGUGACACGCCCGAGAAGCACAGGCGAACUCGCUCAUCAGUUACGCCACCGCCAAUAGACGGAACGCCGGAAAAGAAACCCGAACGCCGUCUAUCUAGGGACAAAAGAUCUAACCACAAAUCAUCCGACAAAGUUGACGGUGUUAGGAAAUUGGAAACAAUAGCGGAAAAAAGGGAGGGAAAGCAUAGUAAAUGUGAAAAAACUCCGAGUCCGCUGAAGAACGCCAAAACCUCCUCUUCUAGCAAUUCGGAUAGUUCCUCCUCCUCGAGCAACUCAUCAGACAGCGAACCUGAAGUUGUAGAAACUCGACCCAAGAAACGCAAACGUAAAGACUCGAGUUCGAGCGAGUCUCAGAAAAAGUCGAAGCGUCAUAAGAAAGAAAAACACAAAAAUGACAAAAGUCCAAAGUCGAAAGAAAACAAGCAAGACAAACAUAAAAAAGACGAUAGACGUAAGGAUUCCGAAGAGGAAAAACCAAAACGGCGUUCAAAAAGAUCAACAUCCAUCAGUUCAGGAAAACGACGUUCCAGAGACAAGUCCGAGGAGAGAUCGUUCAGACGAGACAAGAAAUCUUACGACAGAGAUUCUAAACGGGACAGGUCUUACGACAGACACGAUAGAGAAUCUAAACGGGAUAGGUCUUACGAUAAAUCCGGGAGAGAUUACGAUAGGGACUCGAAACGGGAGAGAUCUCACGAUAGGUCCAGGGACUACGAGCGGAGCGAUAGGGAUUCCAAACGGGACAGGUCUUACGAUAAAUCUAGUCGGGGUUACGAGAGAAGCGAUUCGAAAAGGGAUAGAGAUAGGUCUCGCGACAGGCACGGCAGGGACUACGACAAGUACGAAAAGGAAUCGAGGGACAAGUCGUAUGAUAGAUCCGGCCGGGAUUACGUUAAAAGCGAUAGGGAUAGGCGGGAUAGGUCUUAUGAUAAGUACGACCGUAGGGAUUACGAGAGGAGACGCUCGCGGAGUACCAGCCAUUACAGACAUCGGAGAUGAACAUCAGGUUACGACAAUAGAAGGUUGGUAUGCGGAGAAGUUAGCUUCUUCAACUGUAAAUAAAGUUUGUGAAUAUUAAUUUGCCGCUUUACAUUAUAUUAUUAAAUUUAUAAGGAA